AAAUUAUUAUGCAGCGAGCCGCCAUCUUUUAGCCUUGGAUGCGGCCGUGUCAACCGAAUCGCUCCUUUUCUCACAUCGCAGAGGAUCUGUUUUUUUUCGGAUUAACCACGGAAUAACUGUGAAGAAACAUAAAAAUUCUCCCUGAACUUUUAUCAUACCGGUCUUUUGGGGGUUUUCCUUGUGUCUCUGUGGAUUUAUCGUCGUAGAAGGUGUCCCUGCGUCGUCGUAAACGCCUCGAAAUAUCAAUGACUAAUUGACCACAGCGGAGCAAUUCAUGUUGCCGCAACAAAUAUAGGCAUUAAUCGAAAAGAUGACAUCUGCGAGCUAGCACCACGACACCUUAGGAAUCUAGUUUACUCUAAAACAACCAGCAUCACCUUGACAACAAAAUGGAGGCUCCACCACGUUUCCCACAGAAGCCGGCGCCAGGGCCAGUAUCACCCAAACUGGAUGUGCCAAAAGCGCCAAUGUUGGAGAGCCUGCCAAAGAAGACGAAGACCCGAGAUUGCUUCGACCAGUUGUUCACCUACGUCAACUAUGACCUGUUCAUAGCCAAAGCCUUCUACUUCUUUUUCUUCUCGGCAUUUGGGUCCCUCUUCCCACUAAUGGCCGUUUAUUUCAAACAACUUGGUAUGAAUGCAACACAGAGCGGUUUUCUUCUAGGAUUCAGACCCUUCGUGGAGUUUUGCAGUGCUCCUUUUUGGGGAAGCAUCGCGGAUAAAUUCAAAAAGGCAAAACUGUUACUGCUCUUUUCUCUGUUCUGCUGGGUAGUGUUCACCCUAGCAUUAGCCUUCAUUCAACCACCAGCUCACUCAUGUAUAGUCUUGCACAACUCUACUCAUAUGUUGCUUGAGGCACCAAGGUUCAAGCGGAGCAUCACUAUGCCAGACUCUUUCCCCGAUAACGGCGGGAAUUCCCCGUGGGAAGAAGUCCAUGAAGUAAUCGUGGAUAACCUAAGUGAGGAAGACUUACGUCGUUUAAAAAGAGACAUCAAAAAGCGACCACCAAAAGGUGGUAUCGGCCAGUCUCCAUACAUCAUAGAGGACGACUACGUGGCGAAUAAAAAAGCCGGGGAAACCGAAGGGCUCGUAAGUCCUCCUUUCAGUAAUAUUGUUUAUGAGAGAAAGUCGGUCACAGAAGUGUUCUUUCUUCUCCUGCUGCUGAUCGUCAUUGGGGAAUUCUUCAGUGCCCCCGCCAUAACUUUAGCGGACGCCGCCGUCUUGGGUUAUCUUGGAGACGACGUAGAGAACUACGGCAAACAACGUCUGUUUGGCUCUCUCGGCUGGGGCCUGUCCAUGUUCUUUGUCGGUGUUGCUCUAGAUCACUCGACCACCUUUCCGGAUCAUCCCUGCCCCACACAAGAAGUAGGCGAGAAAAACUACACAAUCUGUUUCGCAGUUUUCGUGGUCCUCAUGUGUUUUGCCUGGCUGGCGGCUACACAGUUCAAUUUUAUGUACGAACUGAACGCGGGCGAGACGAUCCCACUGAGCGACAUCACGAGAAGGAUCAAGGAACGUCUGCUCGGAUUGCCUGGAAUGCCCCGGAAAAAGUUCCAAAACCCAGAAGACGAGGACGAGCUUUUUGAUCAGUCAUACAAGAAGGUCAACGGCGAGCCCGUUGGGACAAGCCCUGUGCCCCUAACUGGACCAAAACCGAUUCAACAAGACUCCAUAACAAUAGACGCAAAUGAUCGUCUGCAAAUCUCCCUGUCCGAGAAUGACCGGAACAUGGUGGCAGACGCUGUCCAAAACAAACCAGCGCCACCGUCGCCGGCAAAGGAAACAAAACAGAAUUGGAUUACAGUGUUGAAAUUGUUCGGGACAGUUCGAUAUGUUUCGUUCCUCUACGUCACGUGGUUUAUGGGGUUCGGGAUUGGCCUGAUCUUCACGUUCCUGUUCUGGCAUCUUCAGGACCUUGGCGGAUCACCGACUCUUUUCGGUAUUGCCUCCGUCAUCAAUCAUAUAUCAGAGAUCGUGGCCUACUUCUUCAGCAACAGACUCAUUGGCUAUAUUGGGUCAGUUAAGAUUCUAGGACGUCAAUGCGGUCACGUGAAGGUGCUGUACCUCGGCCUUGCGGGAAAUGUUGCCCGAUUCCUCUACAUCUCCUGGCUGAAGAAUCCAUGGUGGGUGCUACCAUUUGAGUUCGUACAAGGUUUAACCCAUGCUGCAGUGUGGGCAGCGUGCUGUUCGUAUAUCACCCAAGCUAUCCCCAAUCACCUGAGGUCCUCGGCCCAAGGGGUACUACAGGGCAUCCAUCACGGACUUGGUAGGGGAUGCGGCGCAAUAUUAGGCGGUGUUUUUGUGUAUUAUUUUGGUUCCGAGCUCACAUUCCGCGGCUAUGGCUUCGCCUCUCUCAUCAUCCUGGCCCUGUUCGUUGGCGUGAACUACUUCAUCAAGGAAACAUCCCAGGAGGCCGUGGACAUCCAUGAACCCAAGGAAUACCUGGAGGAGACUUCUCAUCUUGCGCCAUGUGGCGUGCCCAUGAAUCCCAUGUCACGGAACCUGUCAAGCUCCAAGCUGUCGGAAUACGCCAAUGAAGCACCUCAGUAUGGCUCCACGGAUGCAAAAGGAUUGCUCAGCCCGACAGGUGGUGCUGAUCCAAGCUUUAGGCCUCAAGGUCAGCAUAAAGUCGCCGAGUUACCCCCGACCAAGAUGGACUCGUAUGGCUAUGAUCAACCAGCAUCUACUAAGCCAGUCGCCCCAAUGCAAGCGGCUGUGCGCUCAGAACAGAGAGGACCCGUAGCAUCGCAGCGUUCCGUUGACAAGCCAUCACGACCCCCGCCACCACGACAGGAGAGUCUGCAACAAAGGGGUUAUGUUCGAUCUGACACCGGAACUGGUAGUUACCAAGGUUAUGGUCGUCAGGGAUCACAUGACAGCCAAGGGAGCAGACGGGAUUCCUACGAGCCACCGCAAGAGGUUGGCUAUGAACAAGAAGACUUCAAAAAGGUCGACUCGUACGGCGCUGCGAGGGGCAAAGGCCAUAGGGGAAGCCGACAACAGCCUAGUUACGGACAACGUGAACAGGACCCGUACACCCAGGCUGCCCGUACUGACCAAGGUCAAGGUCAACAGGAUCAAGGGUACCGACGACAGGACAGUUAUGGCCGCCGCGAUGUCCCCAAGACGAGACCAAGGAGAGACAGUUCAGGUCGGGACCAAGAUGGUUACGGCGAUUAUUGAAUGCGGCAAACAUGCAACUGACCAAAUAAAAGUUUGAUGGACUUUCCUGGAGUUGGACUCAUGAUCCGGUGUUCCAGGCGUUAAAUGCAUGUCAAUAAUGCUGCAAUCUAUUGACGAGUGUGGGGGGCGAGUCAACUUUCCCACCAUGCUAGUAUGGACGAGGAUGUGAUCACCUAUUCUUGUCACAGGCCGGAGAUACCUGACAUGAUCGACUAUUUCUGUCGCAUGCAGUCAUGGGUCAUGGGUAACACCAUUUAUAUGCCCGAUAAAGGAUACCAUUGCAGAAUGAUAGAAAUUAGAAUAAUGGCAUUUCAGAGCAACACAAUCAAAAUAAUCGUAGAAUGAGAAGACAGUAGUUGUGGUAGUGUACACGUAUUCGUAGUUGUGUCCGACAGCCUUAUUUUGGAUCGAUUGGUCGCAUUACGCGUGCCAUCGAUGAACUCGCCUGGUUUGAUGAGACAGCAAGUCGUCGUUUACUUCUAAGUACGUUGACAAGUUCCGUAAAGGUAGCACCCCGUGUUGACAUAUGACUCAGUGUGCGAAUAUGUUGAUGGGAGAUAGAUGCUAUGUUAUGUAUGAAAUUUUG